AUGCGACGAAGUUGGCAGAAUACAGUGCGAAAUAUUAUUCUUAGCAUUAUCAUGCUAUGGCUAUUUUCCUAUUUAGUACCCUAUGUAUGGCAUUAUCGUUCACCAACACCGAUGGUGUAUGAAGCAGAUACUAUUCGAUAUGCAAAUGCUACCUGGCCUCGACGACGUAUUCCCCGUUUGAUUCAUCAAACGUAUCGUACACAUGAUGUACCUGCUAUUUGGAAUGGAACAGUUCAGUCAGUUAUGGAAAAAAAUAUCGGUGAAUUUCAGUAUCGUCGGUGGUCUGAUAUUGAAAGAGACGCAUUGGUCGAAGCGUACGAGCCUCAUUUCUACUGGAAUACAUAUGUUAACUAUCCUUACGAUGUGCAACGCAUUGACUCAUUUCGAUAUGUUUUGAUGUUCCAUUUGGGUGGAAUCUACAUUGAUAUGGACAACGGUUGCAAUCGUCCAUUUCGUGAACUGAUUGCAACAUUGGAAGCACUCGAUCCAGAUUCACCUCAUCUUGCCGCUUUUCCUGGGCGUAUUUCAUUCGGUGUCGAAAAUGAUCUCAUAAUCAGUACUGCUGGUCAUCCGUUUCAUAGACAGUUGAUUUCUCGACUACAUUAUUUCAAUCAUUAUUUUAUUUUACACUUUUGGACCGUACUGAUUAGUACUGGACCCAUAUACGUUUCAAUUCAAGAGCGCUUCUUCAGCUCAUCGCAGCAAGCUGUCAUGCGUCUAUUGGAUCCUCCUCUCUUUCGACCAAUAUUUACACGGAAAGAAAACGGGUUUUCAUGGGUGCGUAAAGAUACUCGAAUCGCAUUCUUCUUGAAUGAUCAUGGCACUUCUCUACUGUGGCUCUGUAAAAUAUUCACUUUUAUGCUUAUUAUUCUUGUUUUAUAUAAAAAAUACAAAAUAAAAUUGAGACGAAGUUAA